GUUCCCUGUCCGGGGGACAGAUCCACCAUGGCAGUGUCGUUUCGUUUGACAAGAGAGGACUCACCAACAUCUUUCUUCAAUUCCUGGAUCUUUAGUCCUUCUAUAAUUCUGAGUGCCGGUCUCUGUCUUGUCACAAGCAAACGACCCGUCGGCGAUGCUUGCCUCCGGAUAAAGGAGGAGCUCGUUUGUAGGUGUGGCUCAAACCCAGCCACGCCCUGUCGGGAGCAACGAGCUCCACCCUCAGUAUCUCUUUUUGACUUUCUCCAAUUUCUCUCUUUUGGGGUGGGCGCCAUCAUUGCCAUGAGCUUCAGACUGACAGUAGAAUAUGAGCCAGACAGAUCACCGGGUGAUGACACAGCCUCAUUCAUUAUGGAGAUAUCCCGGAUGAGUAAGCUGUCAGAGAUAUCUCACAGCAUAUACAAACACAUUGAGUCUAACCUAAGACAACCAGAGGACCAGUAUGCCCUCUAUUGGACUGAAAACAAAAUGUGGCUGACUGCAGAUAGACCAAUUGGUCGAUUGUUGCGUGGAGUAAGAUCAGCUAGUGUGCAAUACAGGAGGAGACUAAACCCAUACAAACUGAGGUUUCUAGAUGCAUCUUCAAAGAUUGUCAUACUUGAUGAAUCCCAACCAGUCAAGGAUUUAGUGAACUCAAUAUGCAAACAACUAACAUUGGGACAUCCAGAAGAAGUUUCUCUUGUUGUUGCAGUUGACUAUGCCAUCACCAAACAUCAUCCUGCCGUGAAGCAAGAUAUAGCUAAGUCUCCAAUCAUUGCUGGUAGAAAGGACCUUACUCUACACACCUCCUUAUCUGAUACUUCUUCAAGCAGUCUCUCACCCAAAGCAAGAAGAAAGUUUGUUAGACCUGCUAGUGCUGAUGUAACACAACCAGUUAGUGGCUCUGAGAGACCAGGGAGUGGAAAACUUAGAAGAAAGUCGCAAAUUGUAGCCAUUUCUAAGAAAAAACAGCUGUCAAAGAAGUAUCAGAUUCGUAUUGACACCCCAUGGCUUGACCCGUCAAAGACUCUAACAGAACAAGAAGUAUCACCACAGGAUGAACUGAUACUGAUGUAUAGAUAUUACUAUCAUAUGGACCUGGAGAAAGAAUCAAAGGAAACUGAAAUGCUAUACAAGCAAGCAAGGGCUAUGUUCUUAGCUGGUGAAAUGAUGUCAAGUUCUGAGCUGAUUCCUAAGUUCAUUGCACUUCUCUGCCAAAUAACUAAAGGAGACUUCGUAUCAAAAGAAGAGACGCAAGAUAUUCUUACAAAGUUGAAAAGAUUACUAGUACCUCCUAAAUACAAGCCAAAAAAUAUUGCUAAAGAUGUGUCCCUGUACUACAAGCUAUUGAAGGGACUAUCAGCUAAUGACGGCAAGUGCUGGUUCAUUAAGUUGUGGUCCACCUGUCAUCUCUUUGGAAUGGAGUUCUUCUCUUGCAGCAACACUGAAAUAAAAGAGAAAGGGCUAGUUGGAAUAUCAAAAGAAAAAAUAUUAUUUUUACAUUCGAACAAUAAGAAGAAGAACAAAGACUGGGAUAUGUCCUCACUAACGCACUGGGAACAGGAUGAAAUUGGUGACAUUGUUACUCUAUUUUUUGGUGAUGAAAGGCUAAAGGUCCAAGUACAAGAUUAUUCGAGUGUCCUAGUUGACUGCUUGAAAGGUCACCAGGAGCUGAGAGAGUCAUUUCCACCUGCUUUAUAUCAGCUAGGACAGCAGGAGUAUCAGUUUAGUGAUGCUGGGAGUUUGAGCUCUGAGUUUAAAAAGUAUUUCAACAUUGCUGAGACUAAGAGAGGUCACAAGAGGGCGGGGUCACUCACAUACAGCGAAGUGUGCUUUGCAGAUAAAAUAACUGAGAAUCCACUAGUUUCGCCAGAAGAAGAGGAGGUACUUCAAAAAGAAGAGAUGUGGGAGAACCCUGCCUUUGAGAACCUUGACCAGCUCAUGGAGGAAAGGUUCAGUUUUCUUGAUUUUGAUGAAGAUGUGACAGAAGAGCAGCCCCCAGGAUCUGAUUCACCACUGGAUGGUAUUAAGCUAGAAGUCCCUCCUAAAGUAACCAUAAGGACAGCUGGUUCUACAGGAGGUGCCCCCCACCAUUAUCCCAGCCCUCUACUCCGAGCAAGCACUAGCUCAACCAAGCAACGGACCAGUAGCGGCAGCAGUAGUAGUGAUGAUUCAUAAAUAUACUAAUAGUUUUAAAUGCUUUUAUAUUUGUUGUGUCUGGGAUAUUUUGGUGAUUUCAUUUUGGUUUUGUGAAUUGAAUUAUUAA